AUGGCAACUAAUGUGAAAGAUAAUGUAAGAGUAAUAAAUAAAAAAGAAAAUGGUAAUCCACGCGCGAUGUUUUACAAAAAGCCUAUUAAAAAAGAUAAUUAUAACCUGGAUAUGGAUAAUAUUGAUACUCCUCAAGAAUUGAGACGUCAGCGUUUGUUACAGUUUCAGAAAAAGUGCAGAGACAUUGCAUUUAACAUUGGACGUGGAAUAUUACAGGAAGCUUUCAAUUCAGAAGAAGAUGAAUUUGAAGAGGAUAUGGAAAUUGAUGAAAGUGAUAAGAAAAAGCAUCAUUCAUUCAAACGAUAUAAAUGUUAUGCAAAUCAGUUGAUGAUGUCGGAAUGGAUGUUAGAUGUACCUCAAGAUCUUGUGGAAAAGUGGAUCAUAGUCCCUUGCCCAGAAGGAAAAAGAACUUUAGUAGUUGCAUGUAGAGGUGUAACUAAGGCCUAUAAUAAACGUGGUAACCGGCUUGGUAAAUUUUAUUCAGCACUUCCAGGUGGCAAUCCUUCUGGUCACAGAGGCAGUUGCACUAUUAUUGAUUGCAUAUGGAUGAAGCAACAAAAGACAUAUUAUGUUUUGGAUGUACUUGCAUGGUCUAAUCAGUCACUUAUGAACUGUGAUACUGAAUUUAGGUUUUUUUGGUUAAAGUCACAGUUACAAGAAAUUACAGAACUACAAGAAAGAAACAUGUACAUCAAUACAUUUCCAAUAUUGUCUCUACCAAAUAUCAGUUGUAACACAGACUUAAGUUCAGAAUUAGCAAACCUUCCAGAUUUGCCUCCACUGGAUGGCUUAUUAUUUUAUCAUCGUGAUGGACAAUAUACUAAAGGCCGUACACCACUUGUGACAUGGUUGAAACCUUUUAUGUUAACUGAAGUACUUGGUACAUUUCUCCCACCACCUCUUGAUGAAAAACCUGACGGAUAUAUAGACUUCAAAUAUUAUAUUCUUAGUAGUAGAGCUAAGAGGAGAAAGGAGGAAGUGGAAAGUCAAAUGGACAUUGCGAUCGAAAAUUCCUAAAAAGGAAUUUCGUUUUAUUGACAUAAACGAGCUUCUCGUGGAAGUGAAGUAUAAUUAAUGAAUUAACAAUUUCAAUAAGACUAUAUUUAUAGAUAU